ACGCCCUAUGAAUUAAUGUUCGGUCGCUCACCCCGCCUUCCAGUCGAUCUUGCUUUUAGUCUUCCAGUCCGAGGAAAGCUGUCAAGGUCACAUUCCCAGUAUGUUGAGCAUUUAUGUUCCCGGCUCGAGCAAAGUUUCAAGCUUGCUGCUAGAUAUGCGCAGAAAUCUGCAGAACACAAUAAAAGAAGAUUUGAUAAACGAGUUACCCCAUCUAGUUUGGACGUUGGUGGUCGUGUUUUAGUUCGCAAUGUGAAACUGCGAGGAAAGCACAAACUUGAGGAUAAGUGGGAGCGUGAGGUAUAUGUCGUUCUCAGCCGUGCUGGUGACCUUCCAGUAUAUACAGUGAGACUAGAAAGGGAUGACAAGGCUCCAACUCGAACUCUUCACCGUGAUCUUCUACUGCCCUGUGAGUCUCUUCCGAGUGAUACUUUCCAAAAGUCUCCUGAGGCAACGCCUCCUCGCAGGCCAGUGACCCGAAGCCAGCAGCAAGAGACACCACUUAGUGAGAAUCAUGACAAUUCUGAAGAUGAAGAUGAUUGCCAAUUACCUCUAUUUGCAAACCUUUCACCUGGAACCUUAACUGUUGAAAAAAACAUCCUACCAUCACUUGACAAUGCUCCAGAGUGUAUACUUACUGAACCUGUGAAACCUUACUUACCUGAUCUAGGGAAGUCCUCUGCCAAUCCAGCCACAUCGCCGCCUCCAUCUGUGGGAGAAGAUCAUCAACACUUACCUGCAUCCAAUGAGCCUGUUAUCUUUUCAGCUGAAGAACCUGAAAUUGGAGAACAAGAUAAAAUGGAUGGAGAAACGGAGAAGAGUGGCCAAGCAGAGACAUCCCCAGAGUCUACCAACCCUGCCCUUACCCAAUCGGUUGUGUUUGACUCUGAGGUUCUUAAUGCGCCUGAUGUUGAACCUGAUGCUAUUCGUCGUUCUUCAAGACAGCGACAACCCCCUAAGCGAUUUGGUUAUUCCACGUUGGGUAAUCCUUUUAUUUCAGUUGUUCAGAUGCUUUUCCAUAGUCUAGGAGAUGCCUAUGGUGAAAUACUUGGUACCACCCCUGCAGGGAACUCUAGCUUAGAACUACCCGUUCACAUUAUAUAGUAUGCACACGGAGGUGCACUAUCUUAAGGGGGGAGGGUGUAACGCAGGUGCCAAAUGUAUACCUUUUUGAAUUUGACUGGUAUGCUCUUGCUUACUAGUUACUCUUUGAGCGCUGUGCGUGCUUCCUGGUCACGUGACUGCCGCGGUCCAAUUAGCUGGGCUUAUAAGCCGGUAGUAGGAAGUUGCCAGCUGACAGAUCGAUUGUUUGCUCGAGGUAGGUUUUUAAUCCUCGUUUUUACCUGGAAUAUUGUGCUAACUAAGUAUAAACUAAAAUGCCUAAUUUGUAACUUUAUAGAGCCGACUACCAGCGCCGGAGUUUUUUUUCUCUCUCUCAUUAAGCUGUUGGCCAGGCUUUUCUUGUUUUGAUGGCGAGCUAAAGAAAGGAGCAUCUAGUCCAAGGAGUAUUCUUGGAGGAUUCCAGCCAGAAACCCCACCACCUGUUCGGUUUGGGCGGGUAGGAGGCUCUCGAGCCGACCCUUUACAUUUGUUUUUCCAUCUUUAACCUGCAGUACACGAGCUGUACUGCCAUCCUUUUUUUUCUAAGAACUCUAAGUCUGAACUGAGAUUUAUUCAGAUCCAGAAAUAUUAAUUAAUGAAAUUUGAAUUGUAUGUAUGUAUAUAGUCACUGUUGUCCCGAUUUAUUUCAUGUUGAAUGGCCAUUCAACUUAUUGUGUGUAUAUAUCUGCUGUCCCUCACAAAUGGUUUAAAUACACGGUGUCAACCAAACUACAGUUUAAGCUCUGCCUUCUCUCUCCAAGUCGAAACCCUACUCUUCUGUUCUGAGCCCAUAAAACCCCGUAUAUACAGUAUUGCAUUAAAUUUG